AUGCACGAACCAACCUACAACCCCGAGUCUCCUCUAGCAACGACCACCAUCACUUACCAAUAUAAGCUGGUCAACUGCCCCGGAAAGACCACUGUCGGAAUGCUCGUCGAAUAUCCUCCGAACGGUGCGACACCCCCUCACCGUCACGGGGGCGCUUCUGUCUCCGCCUACGUGAUCCGUGGCUCUGUCUUGAAUAAGAUGAAUAAUGAUCCGAUGAAGGUGAUUGAGCACGGCGGCUCGUGGUACGAGGCACCAGGCUGUCAUCAUCGGAUUAGCGCCAAUGCGAGCCAGACGGAACCGGCGUCAUUCUUCGUGACUUUUGUGAUCGACUCGGACACUUUAAAGCGAGCAGGUCCGUCCAUACUUGUGCAAUAUGAUGCUGAGUUUGUGGAUAUUGUAGCGCAAAAAAUGCAGGUAUAA